AUGAAGGGUGAUGAAGGACCCAGAGGCCUGCCCGGCCCACACGGCCCACCUGGGGCUCCUGGCCAACCUGGACCUGUAGGGCCAUCUGGUGUUGAUGGCACCCCUGGGAGAAAUGGACUGCCUGGUGCAAAGGGCGAAAGAGGUCGAGAUGCAGAGUUCCCACCCAACUGGAAAGAAGAGCUCAAGGGAGAUAAGGGUGAUGUAGGACCUGUAGGACCACCGGGACCUCCGGGACAAAUCAUUGAAACAUCUGGCUCAGUGGCUUCUCUGCCUGGCCCCCGAGGUCCACAAGGUCUACCAGGCCCACAAGGUUUACCUGGACCACAGGGACCACAAGGUUUUGUAGGACCGGCAGGAUCUCAAGGUCCUAAGGGUGAGCGUGGUAUGGUAGGACCUGCCGGUCCUCCAGGACCUCCUGGUCCUGCAACGGUGGUGAGCAGCGACACAGGGAUUGCAGUUGGUGGUGUGGUGGGACCAAAAGGAGAGCCAGGUCCUCAAGGACCUCCAGGACCUGCAGGACCUAGAGGAUUCCGAGGACCUCAGGGAGAAAUGGGCCUGCCUGGUUUUGUGGGCAGGAACGGAGCACAAGGUAAAAAAGGUGAGCCAGGUGUUGGCAUCAAAGGUGAACCAGGUGUCAGCAUCAAGGGAGAAAAGGGCAGCCCAGGAGACAGAGGACUGCGAGGUUUUGUGGGCCCAGCUGGACCACCAGGGCCACCGGGGACAGUUGCUGACGGCCUCACUGUUCCCAGCUAUCUGCCUGGACCAAAAGGUGAUAAGGGUGACCGCGGCAAGGACGGCAUGCCUGGACUACAGGGUCUAGAGGGCCAAACUGGGCCACCUGGCCCACCAGGAUUACCUGGCCGACCAGGGCCACCAGGUCCAGCAAGCUCAUCCAGGCUGGACGAUGACCUUCUUAUGGGCCCUGAAGGUCCACCAGGGCCCCAAGGUCCACCUGGUCCUAAAGGAGAUCGUGGUGAAACAGUAGUAGGACCACGAGGUCCACAAGGUUUUCAGGGCCCACCAGGUCCACCAGGCAUUGGUCUGCCGGGCCCACCAGGACCACCAGGGGACGUCAUCAUUGGCAACAGUGGUAGCUCAGACCGUGUUAUUGCUGGGCCCCCAGGCCCACCUGGGCCCCCCGGUCCUCCAGGUUAUUCAUUUGGAUAUGACAGUAACCAGAGCCAAAUACCCAUUGGUCAAACAGUGGGUGCUGGUGGCGUCAAGGGCGCUGUUGUGUACCUUAACACCCAGGCCUUGAUGCAGGUAUCUUACAACCUGCCUCAAGGCACGCUGGCAUUCCUUACGGAAGAAGAGGUCCUCUACCUGAGGGUCAAGGGUGGUUGGAAGGAAAUUCAGCAGGGUCGCACAAUUCCAAUCAGAGUACCGCCAACAACUAGCAAUAUACCAGAGGACAACACAUCCAGAAGGGGAGAGAGUUCCUUGCCUUCCCAAAGCAAGACUGGGACCAUAUAUGACACUGAUGCUGCAGAACUGGCCAGGUACAAGCAGGAACUUGAGGAGAGGAAGAGAAGAAGGGAGAGGGAAAGAAUACGGAGACUAAACGAAAGUAGAGAUAACGGAGACGAACGGCGGAAUCAGUUUAGGAUAGAGGAGGAGAGGAAGAGAGAGAGAGAGAGGGUACAGGCUGAACAGGAGAGACAGAGAGUGGAGAGAGAUCGCUUGGUGGGGUGGUGGUGA